AUGAAACUCUGUGAGUCCGCGGCCGACAAUGAUAGCGAGACUGCUUAUCGCGUCUGCGGUAAGGCCGUGCUGGCUCUCAUCGUCAUCAAGCUGUUCCAGGGAGAUUCGAUUGCCGCCUCCAAGGUCUACGACGAGGCUGUUCAGUGGGUCUUUUUUCUUACUCCCUUUACGUUCCCAUUACUUGCAGUAACUGUCAUGUCUCAUGAAAUGCUAAUCGACAGCCUGAAGUAUGCUAAGGGUAGCAGGCAUUGCCAUUUUUAA